AUGCUUUUAUUUCCACAGCUUUCAUUUUACGUUACAAACAAAACAACAUUUAUGUACUUUUAUCAGCCAUCUGGCCAGCUAAUGCAAUCUUUAAAGCACGAAAUGUAUCGAUUGGAAUCGAAAUUUAAGAAAUCUCCUGAUAUAGAUAUAAAAUUGAUUAACUGUCAAAGUCAUUAUAUCACGUGCAAAAAAAUUAUGAAGUUAAAUACACUUCCUCACUUCUUUUAUUUUCAAAAUCACACAUUAACAGAAUACAUGGGAUAUAAAGAUGCAGAAUCCAUGGAAGAAUAUAUAAAUAAAGAAAUUAAUAAUACAGAAGUCUUUCCAAAAACAAUAUUUCGAGGUAAUUCCACAGUUCGCGAUAGAUACGUCAAAACUGGCGCUUGUGUUAUAUCUGCUACAAUGCCACAGAAAUUUGGCUUUAGAAUUCGUCAAAUAUUUGCAGAAGUAUCCAAAAAUCCAAGAGUAAUAUUUAUCCACGACUAUAUUGACGAAAUUCCCGAGGAAUUUUAUGACGUCCGUAUAAGAAACAUCCACACGAGACUUAAUGCAACGAAUUUUUAUUCGCCGUUACAAACACAAAUUGUGUGCGAUAAAUUUGACCAAUCAGAUCUGGAUUACAUUAAAAGCGUUCAAAGUACUCCUCCAACAGCUCCAUUACCUGGAAUUGAUGAGCGUAAUUUUGAAUUAUCAAAAUAUUUUAUCGACAAGUAUUUACACGCAAGUAUUCACGAUAUUACUGAAGACCAUAAACGGGUCGUUCAUGAUAUUAUUACGAAUGAGCAUCAGCCUUUGAUUUUAGAUUAUUUAUCCACGCAAGCAAUAAUUUUGCAGGCAAUACUGAAAUAUCGGAUUAGCCUUCAAACUCCACAAUGA